AUGCCCACUAUCUCGGUCGACAAGGCCGCGCUCUUCGAAGCGUUGGGUCAAACAUAUACUACCGAAGAAUUCGACGAGCUCUGCUUCGAAUUCGGCAUUGAACUGGACGAAGAUACCACGGACCAGGACCGACCCAUUGUCGACGGAGUGCAGGAGCCCCCGCAACUGAAGAUCGAGAUCCCCGCCAACCGAUAUGAUUUGCUCUGUAUUGAAGGAAUUCAGUUGAUGCUCAACAUCUUCCUCGGCCGGAAACCACUGCCCGAGUACAAGCUGUCUCAGCCCGCUGAACUGCAGGAAAUUAUUGUCAAGGAAGACACCACAAGAAUCAGACCCUACGUCUCUGGCGCUAUCCUUCGCGGAGUCAAGUUCGACAAGGCCCGUUAUGAGUCCUUCAUUGCGCUCCAAGAUAAGCUUCACCAAAACUUGGCCCGUCAACGAACUCUGGUUGCCAUUGGUACUCACGACCUCGACACUGUCAAGGGCCCUUUCACCUAUGAGGCCCUCCCUCCUAAGGACAUCAAAUUCACUCCCUUGAACCAGACCCAGGAGAUGAACGGAGAGGAAUUGAUGGCCUUCUACGAUAAGCACCAACAAUUGGGCAAGUAUUUGCACAUCAUCCGUGACUCCCCCGUCUACCCGGUCAUCUACGAUGCCAACCGCACCGUUUGCUCCCUGCCUCCUAUCAUCAAUGGCGAUCACUCCAAGAUCUCUAUGGAAACCACCAACAUCUUCAUCGAGAUGACUGCCACUGACCAAACGAAGCUUGAGAUUGUGAACCGUAUGAUGGUCACCAUGUUCUCUCAAUACACUACCGAGCCUUUCACUAUUGAGCCCGUCAAGAUUGUUUCCGAACACAACCAGCAGACUCGUAUCACCCCUGACAUCGCCCCACGUAUUGCCCAUGCCGAAGUGUCUUAUAUCAACCAAUGCUGUGGCUUGGACCUCAGCCCCUCUGAGAUCAGCACUCUGCUGAAGAAGAUGUCUUUCCGCGCCAGACCUUCCACCCAAAACCCCGACACCAUUGACUGCGACAUCAUGGAGGACGUUGCUAUCGCCUACGGCUUCAACAAGCUCCCCAAGUCCUUCCCCAGCAAGUCUGGCACCAUUGCCCAGCCUCUCCCCAUCAACAAGCUGUCCGAUGUGAUCCGCAUUGAGGCCGCCAUGGCCGGCUGGUCCGAGGUCAUGCCUCUGAUUCUCUGCUCGCACGAUGAGAACUUCGGGUGGUUGAACCGCAAAGACGAUGGUACCAGUGCCGUCAAGCUGGCCAACCCCAAGACCACCGAGUUCCAGAUCGUUCGCACAAGUCUUCUCCCCGGUCUUCUGAAGACCAUCCGCGAGAACAAGGCCCACUCCCUGCCCAUGAAGAUCUUCGAGGUCAGCGACGUUGCCUUCAAGGACCUGUCCCUGGAGCGCAAGUCUCGCAACGAACGACACUUUGCUGCCGCCUGGUACGGUCGUAACAGCGGUUUCGAGAUUGUACACGGUCUCAUGGACCGUGUUCUGGCUAUGCUCCGGAGCGCCUUCGUCCCCAACGACGAGGACGCUAAGGACGUCGGCAUGAACGAGUCAUCGUACUACAUCAAGGAGCUGGAUGAUCCCACCUAUUUCCACGGUCACGCUGCUUCCGUCCACGUUCGCAUCGGCGGCAAGGACCUCGUCGUUGGUUCCUUUGGUAUCCUGCACCCCACCGUGCUGGAGAAGUACGAACUCAAGAACCCCGUCAGUACCCUGGAGAUCAACAUCGAGCCUUUCCUGUAG